UCGUUGUAGAGUAUUACCUUUCAGCGUGCCUGCGCAUUCUUCGGGCUCGUUAUGCUCGACCCCGAAAAUCCGAUCGUCUUGUGGAGCUCAAGGUCCACUUCUUGAACGAUGAAGUUGCAAAGUACUAGCGUGAGAAAUGCAGGUGGUCAAGGCUGACCAAUUAGGAAACCAUGAGCGUGUGUCCAGGCCUUUCAUCAUGAGGUUCUGUGAUUCUCUGUAUCCUACUAUUCAAGAUUAUGGCCGGCGCAGUUCGACAACAAUUGUAUGAACUCCGAAUCUACCGUUCACGCAACCGUUUUGCAGACCGCCACCCUUUCCUCGUCCCUUCCCGUGUCGGAGGUCCAGAGGACCACAAUGACGUGAAAAUAAGAGUGCCACGAUGCCACGCGGUUCAAGAGCUUCUGCGCGAAGCGUUCCCGGGCUGCCGUCCACCACCUUCGUUCUCGACAAUGGAGGUUACAGCAUCAAAGCAGGCUUCGCUCCCUCGGAAGCAGUGGCAGAUACCGAAGCACUGCCGAAAUGCCGUACCCUCCCCAACACGCUCGUCCGAACUCGCGACAAAAAGAUAUACGUUGGGGCGCACACGGAGGAAAUCACACAUUGGAGCGAGGCACUGUUCCGGAGGCCGGUGGAGAACGGCCAGGUUGUGAGCUGGGAGGCACAAAAGGAAAUCUGGGAUCAAACCUUCUUCGAUGAGCGGACGGCGACGAAGGAUGUUUUUGUUGCGGACCCGGCGAACACGACCCUCAUCUUCACCGAGCCACCGAAUACCAUGCCGGCUUUACAGAAGAAUGCCGACGAGAUCAUCAUGGAAGAAUGGGGGUUUGGUGGCUACUCCAGGGUGAUUGGCCCGUCACUUAACGCCUAUAAUGAUCUCCAUCCUCUCUUUGAAGAAGAACAAGUCCACCCGGCUGCCACCGAAUCAGGCGACCAGCAGCAGCCCAUGGAGUGCCUCCUGGUCAUCGACAGCGGGUACAGCCACACUACCAUUACGCCACUGUUCAAAGGUCGGCCGCUCCAUCGAGCCAUCCGCCGCCUCGACUUUGGAGGCAAGCACUUGACCAAUCUGCUUAAAGAAGUUAUUUCCGUACGGCACUUCGAUCUACAUCAAGACACUAAGAUCGUCAACGACAUCAAAGAGGAUGUGUGUUUUGUCAGCGAGGAUUUCAACCGUCAUCUCGAACAGACCUGGAAGGGAAACAGGAAAGCUGUUCAUCGCGACCCGAAUGCUCUGUCGUCCGAAGACAGUCAGAAGAUCGACGUUCGUUUAGAUUACAUUCUUCCCGACGGCAUAAACAUCUUACGAGGCUUCAGUCGCCCUUACGACCCGACACUAGCGGCACGCAAGCGCAAGCAAACAGCCAUGCUUGCAGGUCAAAGCGAUGCCGAGAUCUCAAUGACACUGGCCAACGAGCGCUUCACCGUCCCAGAAAUCCUAUUUUCUCCGGGUGACAUUGGCUCGAAACAGCCCGGAAUCCCCGAUAUUGUCAUGCAAUCGCUCUCGGUGCUGCCUCCGCUGGUCCAGGCCACAAUGCUGAGCAACGUGCUGGUGGUGGGCGGGAACGCCAAGAUUCCAGGCUUUGUCGAGCGCAUCCAGGCCGAGCUGCGCAUGAGGGUCAAGACUGAAUGGAUGGUUCGGGUGCGCAAGAUGAAUGAUCCCAUCACGUCCACUUGGCUCGGCGGGGCAAGGCUGGCUAGUCGGUUUCCGGCAACGGUUAGAGAAUACGGCGUCACGAGGGAAGAAUAUUUGGAACAUGGAAGUGCUUGGACCGCUAGACGGUUUAUGACUGGCGGUGCUGGGAAGGGUCCUUGAUCGGAAAUGACGAGGUACAUGGUACUUUCUGCUUGCAUUGCGCCCAUGAGAUGAGGCCUGCGGUCACCGUCGUGAAUACAGGACGUGACUCGUUGUAUGUUAUGUACUAUUGAUUGAAUUGAUACCCAGGAAGCGAAGCGGCUACAAUGAGAUACCUUACUUGACAUUGUGCACUGCCAGUGAUCAGCAAAGCAUCACUUGCUGUAGCUGCUAGUAAUACUUCCUACGGUCACUAUUGUACUUUCUCGACUCCGCCCAAGGAGAAAGGCGCCCUGUGCAGCUGCACUGGCAUUUGAUGGCUCGUUCGACCGGAUCUCCGCAGUCACAAAGAUCAAAACGGGGUCGACUACAACAAGCCGCUGCCGCUCAAUCCGAGCGAGGUUGUCCACACCAUGGCAGCCAGAGGCGGGCUGCGGACAGCCUUUGCGCAACGGCAAUGAUAAUGAUGACGAUACCGACGAUACGAUACCACAACAGAAGAGCGACGACAAUGGCAACGGAGGUAGUCAAUGGGACAGCAGAGGGCACCGGGUCCGCAACAGAAGUCAGAACCAAGGGAGGCGAUGUCGAUCAAACGAAACGGGUGGAAUUGCCACUGGCGGGCGACACACUGCAGCGGAUGUCCAGACGAGAUGAGAUGAGACAAUGUUAAGUGAAUGGACAGAACUCUGAUGCUGGAGUAUCUCAGGUGCCCGCCUCCGAAGCAAGCAAGAACAAGCAAGCAAAGCGUCCUCUCUUCCUCGCUGCUAAACCACUGUUGGCAGCUCUGGUCCCACCCGCAAGUCCGCUGAUCCGGCCACCUGCUCGUUGGAUUGUCUGUUCUGUUCGUCGGGAAGGACGGAGCCCCAUCCAAAGCUUUUUAGAGCAACAUUGGUGAGUGAGGGAGAGGCACUGGCACUGCCAUGCAGAGAAUACAUGUUAGCUUCUCAGAAGCAUUGAAUUAUUUACACACCAAGAAGUAUUGCGCAAUCGUGUGAGAAAGAAGAGAAAAGGAGGAUAACGGAGAAUGCCUGCGCCGCUACUGCUGCUUCACACUCCGUUCGCAAGGUAAUCUGAACCAGGAUAGAGACGAUGCAGAUGUCAUCGGGACGCAGGACGAAGUAGAAGAAUGACGGAGCGCACCUGAGCAAAGAAGGACGGGAGGGGCUCCCAGAGCCGCCGGAGCCACCGCUCCUGCUUCUCGGGCUCAGAGAGGACCGGAUGCUGGAGCAAGGGUAAUAAGUCAGUGCAUAGCAUAGCAACGAGGAGGCGACCGCAGAAACAAUGAGUGACACCAGGGUUCUGUUUCUGUCUCUCGUCACAUCGUCAAAGCUGGGAGAUAUACUCUCAGACGCAUAUGGCUCUUUCAAAACAGAGGCUUCCGCCCAAGCAACAGCCAAAUCCCCCUCGUUAUGAACAAACUGAUCUGGGAGGCAGCGGCCACAACCCCAGCGAUGGCGGCGGCGGCGACCAGAAGCACAAAGGCGGCCAUGGUGAGGGCACCAACGGUGCGGAGCGCUCCUGGCAUCUUGAGGCAAAGCAGGAGGAUGGGGAGGAAGGGGAGCGGAGAGAAGGGAGGCCCCUGCUCCGUUGGUGGUGGUAUCGGGUUGUGGAGGUGGGAGAAGAGUAGACCUUGGUUGGCCUUUUGAUGUUUCUGGACGAGUGACAGUUAGGUUAGCCUUGUCACAGUAGGAACUCAAAUUCACAUAUAAGUUUUGUCAG